AUCCACACAUGUUAUAUCCCUUCAUCAAAUCAUAUGAAAUAAAAAAUAAAUAAAUAAAGCAAUUGCAUUGGAAAUAUAUCAACCAAUUCAAGCAAGUAGCAUCUUCUUCCAGAAAACACAAAAAUGGCGGUUUCAUCUUUUUCAUUCUCAUCCGCAACCUUAUCUAGAAGGGUGAAUCUGCCAUUAAAGCCUUCUUCUUCUACAUGUUCUGGCCCAACCAUUAUUGCAUCUUCAAAAGAUAUUGAUGAAGAAAGAUCAGGAAAUUGCAAGAGAAGAUCACUUCUCUUAGGAGUUGGAGCUUCAAGCUUAUUGCCUACAAAAUUGCUAUUGGCUCAAGAAAAACCACCAAACUAUGCUGAAUUUGUCGACUUAGAAGACGGGUAUUCAUACUAUUAUCCCUCAGAUUGGAUAGGAUUUGAUUUCAGGGGACACGACUCUGCAUUCAAAGAUCGAUAUUUGCAGUUACAAAAUGUAAGACUUAGCUUCAUACCAACCAAUAAAACCGACAUCAAUGAGAUGGGUUCCAUAGAGAAGGUUGUAGCAUACUUGGUGAGACAUGUGUACUCGACGCCCACUCAAGUCCCAGAUGUGUUCGAUAUGCAAGAGAGGACCACGGAUGGUAAAAACUACUACACGUUUGAGUACACGCUAACGUCUCCAAACUUCUCCCGAGCAGCUUUUGCAACAAUAGCGGUUGGAAACGGGAGAUACUACACUCUAAUUGUUGGAGCAAAUGAAAGAAGAUGGAGAAGGGUAAGAAAUCAGCUUAAAGUGGUAGCAGACUCAUUCAAGGUGCUUGAUAUCUGAUAUUCUGAUGUAUGUAUAUUCGGUUUUCGUAAGUACAAUGUACAAAGCGUAAAGUACUCUUAAAGCUGCAUGAUUUAUCCAUCCCGCGACACUUUAGAAGUGGUA